AUGAAUCCUCAGAUGAAAGAGGAAGUCCCUCCUGUCCCCGGCUGGAACGCGGGCCCGGUUUUCUACGCCACUGGCGCCGGGCUGUUCGGUGCAGUACCUUUCCCGUUCGGAUUCUUGGGGUGCUUAUGUAUCGGUCUGGGCGCCUGGCGGGACCACGUGGCCGCAACCGAGGCCUUGAAAAGGGAGAAGUAUUUUCAGAAUAUGUGCAGAAUAUGCGGCCAUAAUCACAUGGAGUUUGUGGCUUCUGAGGAAGAGGUUGAAAGAAAAGUAACGACCAAAGUGCCAUUCUUCCCCUCAGUGGAGGAGGUGGAGAGUCAGCAGGAGGAAUCAGACUACUCCUCGACCCCAGUGGUGGAGGUGGAGAGUCAGGAGAUGGAAUCAGACUACUCCUCGACCUCAGUGGAGGAGGUGGAGAGUCAGGAGAUGGAAUCAGACUACUCCUCGACCUCAGUGGAGGAGGUGGAGAGUCAGGAGAUGGAAUCAGACUACUCCUCGACCUCAGUGGUGGAGGUGGAGAGUCAGGAGAUGGAAUCAGACUACUCCUCGACCUCAGUGGUGGAGGUGGAGAGUCAGGAGAUGGAAUCAGACUACUCCUCGACCUCAGUGGUGGAGGUGGAGAGUCAGGAGAUGGAAUCAGACUACUCCUCGACCUCAGUGGUGGAGGUGGAGAGUCAGGAGAUGGAAUCAGACUACUCCUCGACCUCAGUGGUGGAGGUGGAGAGUCAGGAGAUGGAAUCAGACUACUCCUCGACCUCAGUGGAGGAGGUGGAGAGUCAGGAGAUGGAAUCAGACUACUCCUCGACCUCAGUGGUGGAGGUGGAGAGUCAGGAGAUGGAAUCAGACUACUCCUCGACCUCAUUGGAGGAGGUGGAGAGUCAGGAGAUGGAAUCAGACUACUCCUCGACCUCAGUGGUGGAGGUGGAGAGUCAGGAGAUGGAAUCAGACUACUCCUCGACCUCAGUGGUGGAGGUGGAGAGUCAGGAGAUGGAAUCAGACUACUCCUCGACCUCAGUGGUGGAGGUGGAGAGUCAGGAGAUGGAAUCAGACUACUCCUCGACCUCAGUGGUGGAGGUGGAGAGUCAGGAGAUGGAAUCAGACUACUCCUCGACCCCAGUGGUGGAGGUGGAGAGUCAGGAGAUGAAAUCAGACUACUCCUCGACCUCAGUGGAGAGUCAGGAGAUGGAAUCAGACUACUCCUCGACCUCAGUGGAGGAGGUGGAGAGUCAGAUGGAAUCAGACUACUCCUCGACCUCAGUGGUGGAGGUGGAGAGUCAGAUGGAAUCAGACUACUCCUCGACCUCAGUGGUGGAGGUGGAGAGUCAGGAGAUGGAAUCAGACUACUCCUCGACCUCAGUGGUGGAGGUGGAGAGUCAGGAGAUGGAAUCAGACUACUCCUCGACCCCAGUGGUGGAGGUGGAGAGUCAGGAGAUGGAAUCAGACUACUCCUCGACCUCAGUGGAGGAGGUGGAGAGUCAGGAGAUGGAAUCAGACUACUCCUCGACCUCAGUGGUGGAGGUGGAGAGUCAGGAGAUGGAAUCAGACUACUCCUCGACCUCAGUGGAGGAGGUGGAGAGUCAGGAGAUGGAAUCAGACUACUCCUCGACCUCAGUGGAGGAGGUGGAGAGUCAGGAGAUGGAAUCAGACUACUCCUCGACCUCAGUGGUGGAGGUGGAGAGUCAGGAGAUGGAAUCAGACUACUCCUCGACCUCAGUGGUGGAGGUGGAGAGUCAGGAGAUGGAAUCAGACUACUCCUCGACCUCAGUGGUGGAGGUGGAGAGUCAGGAGAUGGAAUCAGACUACUCCUCGACCCCAGUGGUGGAGGUGGAGAGUCAGCAGAUGGAAUCAGACUACUCCUCGACCUCAGUGGAGAGUCAGGAGAUGGAAUCAGACUACUCCUCGACCUCAGUGGAGGAGGUGGAGAGUCAGAUGGAAUCAGACUACUCCUCGACCUCAGUGGUGGAGGUGGAGAGUCAGAUGGAAUCAGACUACUCCUCGACCUCAGUGGUGGAGGUGGAGAGUCAGGAGAUGGAAUCAGACUACUCCUCGACCUCAGUGGUGGAGGUGGAGAGUCAGGAGAUGGAAUCAGACUACUCCUCGACCUCAGUGGUGGAGGUGGAGAGUCAGGAGAUGGAAUCAGACUACUCCUCGACCUCAGUGGUGGAGGUGGAGAGUCAGGAGAUGGAAUCAGACUACUCCUCGACCCCAGUGGUGGAGGUGGAGAGUCAGCAGAUGGAAUCAGACUACUCCUCGACCUCAGUGGAGAGUCAGGAGAUGGAAUCAGACUACUCCUCGACCUCAGUGGAGGAGGUGGAGAGUCAGAUGGAAUCAGACUACUCCUCGACCUCAGUGGUGGAGGUGGAGAGUCAGAUGGAAUCAGACUACUCCUCGACCUCAGUGGUGGAGGUGGAGAGUCAGGAGAUGGAAUCAGACUACUCCUCGACCUCAGUGGUGGAGGUGGAGAGUCAGGAGAUGGAAUCAGACUACUCCUCGACCCCAGUGGUGGAGGUGGAGAGUCAGGAAAUGGAAUCAGACUACUCCUCGACCUCAGUGGUGGAGGUGGAGAGUCAGAUGGAAUCAGACUACUCCUCGACCCCAGUGGUGGAGGUGAAGAGUCAGAUGGAAUCAGACUACUCCUCGACCCCAGUGGUGGAGGUGGAGAGUCAGAUGGAAUCAGACUACUCCUCGACCCCAGUGGUGGAGGUGAAGAGUCAGAUGGAAUCAGACUACUCCUCGACCUCAGUGGUGGAGGUGGAGAGUCAGAUGGAAUCAGACUACUCCUCGACCUCAGUGGUGGAGGUGGAGAGUCAGGAGAUGGAAUCAGACUACUCCUCGACCUCAGUGGUGGAGGUGGAGAGUCAGGAGAUGGAAUCAGACUACUCCUCGACCUCAGUGGUGGAGGUGGAGAGUCAGGAGAUGGAAUCAGACUACUCCUCGACCUCAGUGGUGGAGGUGGAGAGUCAGAUGGAAUCAGACUACUCCUCGACCCCAGUGGUGGAGGUGGAGAGUCAGAUGGAAUCAGACUACUCCUCGACCCCAGUGGUGGAGGUGGAGAGUCAGAUGGAAUCAGACUACUCCUCGACCCCAGUGGUGGAGGUGGAGAGUCAGGAUAUGGAAUCAGACUACUCCUCGACCCCAGUGGUGGAGGUGGAGAGUCAGAUGGAAUCAGACUACUCCUCGACCCCAGUGGUGGAGGUGGAGAGUCAGGAUAUGGAAUCAGACUACUCCUCGACCCCAGUGGUGGAGGUGGAGAGUCAGAUGGAAUCAGACUACUCCUCGACUUCAUUGCAUGAAUCUUUUGAUGGUACAAGCUGGUCUGUGACUACGUCUAACGACGAGAGGGAGACUAUCUGA